AUGGCGGAAGCACGGUUGCUGCCAGACGCUCCCCAAAAGCCUACCAAGACAGUGCACAUCUCGAUCGACUACGGCACAACGAAAAUCGCGGUAGCAUUCUGGAUUGGAGUGCCUGGGACUCAGCCUCUGGACACAGAAAUCGCCGACGUGAAAUUCCCAGGUGAUGCUACUUCGCCUCAGAAACUGGCGUUCAAGAACGGAAAGUGCCACCAAGGCCACGAGCUGGAGGAGAUGUUGCGAAAGGGAAAGCUCAAGCAAGAAGACGUGAUUGACUACUUGAAGGUGCUCUUUUACAAGAGUCAUGAAUCUUCGGAUUUUGCUGAACGAGCGCUUUUGCAGCUCCGGCAGCAUGCACAUAUUCUCGAGCUGGGCGAGGAUGCGCCCGUAGACGAAUUGAAGAUCCAGGCUCUUGCUAUGCAGCUUAAGUGCUUGAUGCGUGGUGUGGAACAAGCUAUCGAGAACGAUGGCGAGCAACAUUUUCGACAUACCAGGGAGGAGAUUCGAGCCUGCCCUCGAAGAAUCUUCAUCAGUGUACCAGGAAUGUGGACACCAGCUGGGAACCGCUGUAUGAGUGAGGCUGCCAAGAAGGCAGGUCUAGCUCAAGUUGAUCUUGUUUGGGAACCUCAAGCUGCAGCCGCAUACUGGCUCCAGAAGACCAAAGUAUCCGGCGAGGGCAUCUACAGAGCAGGCGAUAUGAUCCAGAUUCUCGAUGCCGGCGGCGGAACCAGUGAUACAAUUGCGUACGAAGUGCAAGUUGACGACAGCGUGGGGGAGAGCGAUGAUGGUGGCUAUGGUGGAGCACUGAAGUUGGUGUCCAUGGGCAAUGCCAAUGGUGCACUCGCGGGCUCAGAGUUCAUCAACCAGGAAUUCCUACGGUGGGUGGUACGACGAAUCAACCUGGAACAUUUGACUGCGCAUUAUCCUGGUGGUAUAGCCGCCGUGUCUACGCAUCUGGGCCUGACAGACGCGGCUGUGCGUAGACUCGCCCAAGCAGACUUCAAUGGAGUAGGUGGUGACUAUGCUCACGAGAUUCGAAAUAUCUAUGCAUCUGGCCUGGACAGAUUACUGGAGAACAUGGACAUAAGCAAAGCUGAAUUUGUGGACCAUGCCAAUACGAAUUUCAGACAACUGAAGCAUAGGCUCAACAAGCAUGACUUUGAGGCCGGAUCUCGAGCAGUACAUAAGGUUCUCAUCGACGGUGCGAACAAUCAGACAGCAGCGAUAGAAGACUACAAAGUGAGAUUGAAAAGAGACGAGAUCUUCGGUUUCUUCGAGCCUGUUUUGGCAAAGAAUUUCGAUCUGGUCCGGCAAAGUCUGGAGACCAACUCCAACAUCAAGACGAUAAUAGUGAUUGGUGGUCUUCGACACUCCGACUACUUCAUGUCGCAACUGGCCCAGCAGUUCCCCCAAGUUACCAUCAUCGGUGCGACAAACUCUGCCGUCGGUCAACCACAGCCAGUCUCCCGCGGGGCCUUGUGGGCAUUUGGCAUUGCAGAAGCACAGGACUUGCCCGCUACGGACACGUAUGGCAUCUCAGAAGACCAGCCCUACAAUCGGGCCAUUCACACCGAUCUUGCACCUGGCGAGACCGUCCCCGGCACAUUUGAGCCUCACGUCGAGUACGCCCCGCAGCGAUGGAAGACGAUUGUUGCUUCUGGAAGACGCUCCGAGAGAACCUCGAUCUGGCAGCAGCGACUUGUUUUCAAAGAUGAAGAGGAUCUUCACCUGCAAAUCUACUGGUCAGCGGUCAAGCGAGAGGAGGACAGUGCCAUCUUGGUCGCCCAAGAUAGCGAUGUUACUGUUCCUGGUGUGGAAAAGUGGGCGCUUCUAGUCGGAGUAUUGCCCAACUUACAACAAUGUGGCUUCAAGCUACAAUAUCCCAAAUCCGAGCAGACAAAGCAGACAAGACAGACCAGACAGAGCAAGCGGGCUGUUGCCGAAGAGGACGAGGAAUACACCGAAGGAUCCAGCAAAUCAACCUCCAAGCGCAAGCUCCGAACCCGUGCGAAUGCCGGAAAAUCAGGUCCCAAACAAGCAAAAGGCACUCCAAUCCGCGCCUCCCACUGCACAAAUUGCAAAUCCAACAUCCCUCAAACCGGCGUCUGCACCACCUGCCAGGAAAGCGCACGCUACGAAGUCUGGUAUCGAGUCAUCAUUUCCGCUUCAGGGGCAAAUGUCGCUGUCAGAUGGGAAAUGAUGGCGAAUCCUUCCCUGUCGAAUGAGAAGGAUUUGGCAGAGGAGAAUUUCGAUGAGGGAGAGGAUUUGUUUGUGCUUUAUGAGGAUGCUAUUGUGGAUAAGAGUUUUAAUCCGAAUCCGUUGGCGUAG